UUUCGAUUCACUAACAGCCCACUUUCCUCAAAGAAUAGUCACUCGAGAAGACGGCGGGGGUCUGAACGCCCGUCGCGCAAGAUGGCAGGAGUGGAACUGUGUGAGCCCAUCCAGCUGUACAACAUCUUGAACCAAGCCACCAAGUCGUCCAGACUGGCAGAGCGAAACUACCUGUGCCUGAUCGAUGCUCGGACCAAGCGGGAGUACGACGAAAGCCACCUGAUCACAGCCAUCAGAAUGAAACGGGACCCUUCCGGCUCGUACAUCGUGCCUCCUUCCGCCAACCUCGACUACGUCCGGCACUGCGUGGUGUACGAUGGCACAACCGAAAUCUUAAGUUCUGAUUACGUGGAGGAUGUCGCUGCAGAUGAAGAAAUAAAUGCCAGGUCUGGAUCCGCCAUGCGCUGCGCCAGAGUCGUACAGGAAUACACUCGCUUCCCUGUCCGAGUCCUGAAAGGAGGAUAUGAGCGCUUCACCAUCUCUUACCACUUCCUCCAGACCCAGAAGAUUUUCUGGAUGCCUCGGGAAUUGGAGGACUUCCUGCCCUACCCGGUAGAGAUUGUGCCAGGUAAGCUUUAUAUGGGAAAUUACAUCCAAGCCUGCCACCGACAAAUGCAGAAGGAUCUACACAUCCAAGCCCAUGUAAAUGUCUCCGAGGAGGUCGACACUUGCUUCCCCGACGAUAGUGACAAAGUCCUCCACAUCUCAGUCCCGGAUUCUCCUGAGGCAGACAUGUUAACCUUCUUUGGUGACGUCUGCCACUUCAUCGAAAGGCACACACAGCAAGAUGCAGUCUUGGUUUUCUCCACCUUGGGCAUCAGCAGGUGCUGCACAGCCGUUAUGGCCUACCUGAUGCAUUCGUGCAAGCUUUACCUCAAGAACGCUUGGCGUUACGUCCAGAACUGCAAAAACGACAUUCGGCCGAACCGGGGCUUUGUACGACAGCUGUCAGAAUGGGAGGCCCGGCUGUACCUGUCAUCAGUCACCAAUAUCUCUGAACCAAGCUACUGAGCCAAGCCACCUGCUAACGUCGCUUGCCUGUUCUCUACUUCGUUGAUUUCCCAGGAGGCUGUUUUUUUAAAAUCCUUCUGUUGUUCCAGAAAAUAUUCGUUUUGAAUGAACCGUUAAUUUAGUUUUUAUGGGGUUGGGAUUCAUAUCAGCUUUGAUGGUUUGAUUUUAAUGUUCAGCCGGCUGUUGAUUGCUUUUAAUUUUCCUGUUUAGUACUGCAAAUAUUGAUGAGUAUAUUUUUUCUGUUGCUUUUAAUAUUGUGGAUGGCUUUGUUGUUCUACGGUUAUUCACUGUUCUUUUUAAUUUGCUGCAUUGUUUUAAUAUGUUGCGCUGCAAACUGCCCUUUGCUGUGGAA